AGACGCCGCAUAAAACUUAAUACAAUAGCUUACAAGCCGAUCAGUCGUCAACAUUUCACUAUAGAUGUAGGUAGUUAGAUUUGAAAUAAAGUUGGUUAAAUAAAAUUCUAAACGAAAUACAACAAAUAAUUAUACCAAAUAAGAACAAAUAAGUGAAGGUGUAAAUAAAUAUUUUUGUUAAACAAAAAUUUAAUUAUUUUACAAAUUUGCUAAAGAAUAAUAACAAAUUAUGUUAAGCUGUCAUAAGUUAUGGUUUUUGUUGGUGGUGGCGAUUUUGCUAGAAAAUCACCUGACAAGGGCAAACCCCGUGGCAGAAGCUAAAGCCGAACCAAUUGCUGAAGCUGGAGUACAAGCGGAUAUAGCCAAAUUGUUGCUAAUCAAAGAUGAUGUGAUACCCGAUAAAGUGGAAAAGGAUACUAAGAAAGUGAUACGUGUUAAUCCUUUGGAUUUGCCACCCAUUAAAGAAGAUCCUAAUGCUUUAAAUGAAGACUCUUCGCUAUACAAUAUACAAUCCCUCAAGCCAAUAAACAAACGAAAAUAUACCAAUAUGCGUCGUUCUAAGCCACAAAAAGAAAAUAUGCCAUCAGCUGCUCUAAGUGACACGCCCAUUAUUAGAGGUUUUUCUUUAUUACCCAGUGCCGAAAAAACGCUAAAACCUAAACAUCAACCCAAAAAGAAACAAUUACAUUUUCUCUAUAAUCAAGAGGAUUUAGCGGGUAAUCUAUUAUCGAAAACUAUGCGUGUUCAUGUGGCUCCGGGAGCCUAUCCUGUCUACUAUGUGCUAUCAAAGACUAAUGGUCGUUUUGGCAAAUAUCCUUUGAAAAGUUUUGAUAGUGCUCAGGCAUUUAAGAAGUAUUUGGUGAAAUAUAAACUAGAGCAUUCAGCUGCUCUGGAGUCAUAUGCGGAAGAUGAAUGAAGUGUUUUCAAAAGCUUAUUGUGUAUAUUAUUGGCGAUAAAAUAGUAUUUAAUAUUUAUUAUAAUUAAAUUUUAAGUUAAUUUUUAAGGAACCCCUUUUUUUAUACAAAAUAUAUGUGAGAAAAAGAAGUUAUUUUAU